AUGUGCAGAUUUCCUUUUUAUAGCCUUAUAGCCGGCCAGUCGGGGCGACAGACUUUCUGUCCUAGAACCACGGCCCAGUUUGUCCAUAACCUCGUGCAGAAGGCCCCGGCGCUGGUCAACGCCGCUGUGACUUACUUGAAGCCUCGAUUGGCCAUGUUUUGGCACUAUACCAUGGUUGAGCUGGUUCCUCCAACCCCUGCUGAGAUCCCUACAGCUCUUCAGAGCUUGAAAAAAAUUAUCAAUAGUGCUCAAACCAGUAGCUUCAAACAGCUUACAGUUAAGGAAGCUCUUCUGAAUGGUUUGGUGGCCACUGAGGUGUGGAUGUGGUUUUAUGUUGGCGAGAUCAUAGGCAAGCGUGGCAUCAUUGGCUAUGAUGUUUGAAGACCAAUCAUGUUAAGUUGGGUUGUCUUUUGCUUUAAUACAUUAAUACAGCUCUAAAUGCAUGUCUUUGCUUAACCUGUAAUUGGAAAAGAUAUAUAUGAACAUACCAACCUGGUACAUGUAUAUGUGAGGAUAACAUUUUAUUUCGAAGGCUUGAAAUAAAUGAUGUUUCAGCUUUAUUUCUAGAGAAGUUGGGGGAAACGCUUUGAGAAAAGAACUUGCUCCAGUAGGAUAAAUAAUAGUACCAUGUGCCAAACAUGAUGUAGUUAAAUCACGUAGUAUAAAGAAUACAAUUUGGACUUUUUUUCUUUGCUAAAAUCGGAGAAAGACCCUUUUGACAACACCUGUGCCUGUAAAUGUAGGGGUACUUUUUGUCAACUUGAAUAUAGCCUCCCCAAAAGAGAACAGCAAGGUGCUAUUCUCUGUAUCUUUGUAACAUCUUUAACACUGAGACAGAGUGAAUGAGAGCAGUGACCUAUAUUUUUAAUCUAAUUUUGAUAUGUGUUAUAUUAUUAAUCUGUCCAGUUUUUUUGUUUUUGUUUGUUUUUUUAAGGGCCUAUCUUUGCAAAAAUAAAAUACCCUAGAGAUAUUUAACAAGGCUAUAAUUUAGUAUUGUCCAUGAGUCUAAGUAGUACAUUAUGUCCUGAAAUAAAUAUAAGUGAUUGGUAUCAAAAAAAAAAAAAAAACUGUGGGCUAGGGUGAGGGUGCUAAGGGAUCUGUCUGCAAAGGCUUCACUGUCCACUCAAAACUGUGCAGAGGAGAGAAGCAUCUUUCUCCCCUGCCUUUCAUACAUCGUAAGACCCUUUUGCCACAAACCUGGAGGAUAUAUGGAGAGACUGGUAAUAAUAUAGAGAAUCUCCAAAGAGCUCACGCAGUCAAAAGACUGCUUUUCCAUGUACCUUAGAGUUCUCCGUCACUUUGGAUUUUAGUCUACUUUUUAUUCCUAUUAGUGAGG